GGUCUUCGCUCUGGCAAUUAAUUAGAGCCAAAAACAUGAACUUGUUCUUUAGAAAAUCGAAUUGGGAAGCCCCCUUUCUCUAGAAUCUUCUUCGACCUUUGAAAAUACGACCGAAAUUCAUCGACCCACUAAGCAAAAGGGCGUAUUUGACUAACAACAUUUUGGAGGGUGUUCUGGGUUAUCAGGUGAAGAAAUGGAUGAAGAGAAGGAGCAACAGAGCCACAAUCUUGGUCAAGAUAAUGAAAAUGAAAUAGUUGCUGAAGGUGCAUCCGUUGUGCAUGGGGAACCUCCAAACGAUGACAAUGGCCCCCCAAAAGUUGAUUCUGAAGUGGAAGUUCUUCAGGAGAAAGUCACAAAACAGAUUAUGAAGGAAGGUCAUGGUCAGAUACCGUCUAAAUACUCAACGUGCUUUUUGCAUUAUCGGGCAUGGACUGAAAGCACUCGGCACAAAUUUGAGGACACAUGGAAUGAACAACGACCCCUUGAACUUGUAUUAGGGAAAGAAAAGAAAGAAAUGACUGGCUUGAGUAUCGGUGUUGCCAGUAUGAAAUCUGGUGAGCGAGCACUAUUGCACGUGGGAUGGGAAUUAGCAUAUGGAAAGGAAGGAAGUUUUUCCUUCCCAAACGUUCCACCGAUGGCAGAUGUAUUAUAUGAAGUCGAGCUCAUUGGGUUUGACGAGACCAAAGAAGGAAAAGCUCGAAGCGACAUGACUGUCGAAGAAAGAAUUGGUGCAGCGGAUCGCAGAAAGAUGGAUGGCAAUGUUUUAUUCAAGGAGGAAAAACUGGAAGAGGCCAUGCAACAGUAUGAAAUGGCCAUAGCAUAUAUGGGUGAUGAUUUCAUGUUCCAGUUGUUUGGGAAAUACCGUGAUAUGGCUUUGGCUGUUAAGAACCCAUGUCACCUCAACAUGUCAGCUUGUUUCAUUAAGCUUAAGCGCUAUGAGGAAGCCAUCGCUCAAUGUAGCAUGGUGUUGGCAGAGGAUGAAAACAAUGUCAAGGCCUUGUUCAGACGGGGUAAGGCUAGAGCAGAACUCGGGCAAACUGACGCAGCUCGGGAAGACUUACUAAAAGCACGCAAAUAUGCACCUGAAGACAAGGCAAUCGCAAGGGAGCUAAAAUCGCUUGCUGAACAUGACAAGGCGGUUUAUCAAAAGCAAAAGGAGAUCUACAAAGGAAUUUUUGGUCCCAGACCUGAGCCAAAACCGAAGCAUGGCGUAAUUGUGACUCAGCUAAUCCUUAUCUGGCAAUGGUUGAUAUCGCUUUUCUACCGUCUCUUCAAGCGCGAAAAACACCAUGGUGACUAGUUACAACUUUUUGAAGAACUGGGUUGAGAACUGCAGAUGAUAUUAGAUUAGGAAACUGAACCCUGAGCUAAUUCUUUCUGUUUAUCUUCUAGUCUUGAAUUUUCACCUCAGGGUCAAACAUUAGUUGUUAACACAAAGGUUUUCAAUGGCUGAGUUGAACAUUUGGAAUAAUGCAUUCACUUCCCUCUUCUUAACAAA